UCCAACGCACUACUUUUCUUUUUUGUGCCCACUCGUCACAAUUACAAAUCUCCUCUUGACCAUUGUGCGAAAGAGAAGAGGACAAAAGCGGACGAGUUUUCAUUGUGCGGCAAACUGUCCGCAGACUCUCUUCCUCUUUGUUCCGCUAGUCAGUGUGUGGAUGAAUGGAGGACAAAAAGAAAAGUGGUUGCGCGCGCACCCCGAUGGACAGGGGCACUCGGAGCACCCCUGAGCGCUGCCGCCCUCAAUCGUCACCGCGCCACCAGACCUAGCUACACGGACUUGUGCCGCGCGCGCCACCCACACUAAGGCUGCUGGAGGGCGGAGGUGUGAGAUAUGAAGUCUGGCCAACAGUUCGUUGAUUGUCGCUGCCGAGAGAGCCACUUUUAGUCGUCGGUUUGCUGCAGCCUUUGCCAACCCUCAAGGGGUUGACAGUGCAUAUAUGGAGGGCAACAACAGCACCACCAUUGUGUUGGACGGCGGGGGUGGCGAGGACCCUGAUGCGGACGACCCCUUCUCCCUUCUCUUUCUAAUUUUCCUUGGCACAUUGAUUGUCCUGCUAAUCACAUUGUCAAUCGCCGGAAACGCUCUAGUCUGCGCUGCAAUCUUCACAGACCGCAGUUUGCGCAAAAUCGGCAACCUUUUCCUCGCCUCCCUGGCGAUCGCCGACGCCUUCGUCGCCGCCCUCGUGAUGACCUUCGCUGGGGUCAACGACCUGCUCGGCUACUGGCCGUUCGGGGCUCAGUUUUGCGACACUUGGGUCGCCUUCGACGUCAUGUGCUCGACGGCGUCCAUUCUCAACUUGUGCGCCAUCUCCCUGGACCGGUACAUCCACAUAAAGGACCCUCUGCGUUACGGCCGCUGGGUCACUCGGAGGGUGGUUUGCGCCCUGAUUGCCGGAGUGUGGCUUUUGGCCGCCCUGAUUAGUUUCGUGCCCAUCUCCUUCAACCUCCACCGGCCACCUUUGAGCGAGUUGGUCCCGGUGACAGCUGAUGGCCUGCCGACCUGCGCUCUUGACCUGACACCCACCUACGCUGUUGUCUCCUCAUGCAUCAGUUUUAUUGUGCCCUGCGUCGUCAUGGUCGGCAUUUACAUUCGGCUUUACUUGUACGCACAGCGCCACGUCAAGAGCAUUCGCGCGGUGACGCGGCCGAUGCACGUGAAUGGCGCCGCUGUGGCGCCGCCGUGCCACGUGUCAGACCACAAAGCGGCCAUCACAGUCGGCAUCAUCAUGGGCGUGUUCCUCGUCUGCUGGGUUCCUUUCUUCGUGGUCAACAUUGUGGCCGCGUUUUGCAAGACUUGCAUUCCUGACAUAGCAUUUAAGAUUCUGACGUGGCUGGGCUAUUCAAACAGCGCAUUCAACCCGGUUAUCUACUCGAUUUUCAACACCGAGUUCCGAGAAGCCUUCCGCCGCAUCUUGGUAGCGCACGCUGGGCCUCUGUGCUGUUGUUGCUGCAACCAGUACGAGGUGGUCGCCCGUCGGCGGGCCCAGGCCGAUUUCGGGCCCCCCGCCCGCCGCUCGGGGCCCCCCAGUGCAAACGAGCACACGGCCUUCGAGCCGCUGCGGCCGAGCCGAGUCGAGUCGGCCGCCGAGCUGGACGAGGCGGACCCGACCAAGGCCGUCGACAUCUGACCCGCAACCGACCAAUCCGAGUGCACCACCACGAUUUAGGUGCGGAGAAAAAAAAAACGCUUUUAAAUGUGAGAAAAAAAUGACAAUUUGUUGAAAAUUCGGUGUACCUAAUAUAAAACUAGUGUUCUAUUUGCAAUAAUUUUUCGUUGAAAGAGUAAAAAUGUAUGGAAUAUUCAAGAGUGGAUAAAUAUGAAUGUAUUUCUGUCAAAUGUGGAAAAGGAAAAAUUAAUUCUAGUCCUUGAUGAAUGUGAUACGCCCAGGUCUGCUGUGCCAAAACCUGUUGUACCUAUUAAUAUAAUGUUACAAUGUUAAAUAAAAAACUGAAGUGUCCCUCUCGAUGUCAUAUCACUCAGAAACGAAGCUAUUCAGGGUAAACCUGCAUUUUUGGGAAGAAGUGAAUGAAAAAAAUUUAAGCGAAGAGCAAUAUGCUGCUAUAUAAAUAUAUAUUUGAAGUGUUUAUGUGUAGAUUCUUAUGCAUGUUUGGCGUUUUCGUUGAUCUAUAUAGUUGUUGAAAGGAAAAAUCAAUUCACAAAUCUAUUUCAUGGUCUUCUUGCCGCUCUCCUCCGUUAGGGAAAUAUGCAGGUAUUUAAAAAUGAUUUGACGUAGUUCAAAGAAGAGGGAAUUUCCGAAGAGACUGGGUUGCUCAAAGAGUUCUACGUGACCAAAAAAUGCAUAGAUGUUAAAAUAUGGAAAACUAUAAAGAGGAGGUUUUGUUGUAAUAA